AUGGCCCUCUCCCUCCCCGAAGCCCUCGCCAAACUCCCCCGACACCCCCUCCUCUACUCCCACCCAUCCCCAAUCCACCCCCUCCCAGCCCUCACCUCCUACCUCAACACCAACACCAACACCAACCCACCCAAAUCCACCAAAUCCACCCCCCAAAUCCGCCUCUUCGCCAAACGCGAAGACCAAUCCUCCCCCCUCGCCUGCUCGGGCAACAAAUACCGCAAACUCGAAUACAUAGUCCCAGACAUCCUCUCCCCACAGCCCCUCUACAACAGCUACCCCAACAACACCCCCAACCCCAACCACCCCACGCCAAGUCAAAAAACAACAACCCUCGUCACAGAAGGCGCCAUCCAAAGCAACCACACAAUCCAAGUCUCCUCCCUCGCAAACCACCUAAACCUAUCCUCAGUGGCCCUCCUCCACAAAGGCACAGGAGGCGGCCUCUCCGCAUCCACCGACAAACCCUCCUUCCUCCGCACCGGAAACCCCCAAAUCGCACACCUCCUCGGCGCGGACAUCCGCGUCCUCGAAGCGGGCUCCACGAACGGCGGCAAGAUUGACACCGUCGAGCCCGUCCUCGCUGAACUCCGCGCAGCAGGCAAAACACCCUACUGGAUUCCCUCCGGUGCAAGCCUGCACCCCCUCGGCGGGGUGGGCUACGCGCGCUGCGCAUUCGAGAUCGCCGCGCAGGAAAAGGAACUCGGAGCUCGAUUCGACUAUAUCUUUGUCGCUUGUGGCAGCGGAAGUACAGUCGGUGGCCUCAUCGCGGGCUUUAAAAUGCUCGAGCGGAUGGAAUCAUCCUCUUCCUCCACUAGUACCUCCCCCUCCCAGAACACCGGAGGGAAAACCAACCCCCCCCGCAAAGUAAUCGGCAUAAUCAACUCGCCCACGAAGCCUCAAACCUGGCACGAAGAGCGCGUGCUGCGCUUCGCGCGCCAAGCAGGGUCGCUCAUCGGGUUAGAAGACGCGUCGCAAGCCAUCACGCUCGAGGCAGACGUGCAUCUUGACGGGCGGUUCGCGGGCGCUGCGUACGGCGUUCUGGACGAGGAUACGAAGCGCACGAUGGAGAUUGCUGCGCGGAGGGAGGCGCUGAUUUUGGAUCCGGUUUAUACGGGGAAGGUUUUGAGGGGCGUUAUGGGGUGGGUUGAGGGGGGUGGUUUGGUGGGGGAUUGGGAGGGAGGGGGUCCGUUGAAUGCGCUGUUUAUUCAUACGGGUGGACAGGCUGCUUUGGCGGCGUAUGCGGAUAUUGAGUAA